GACAUCUACACGGUCAGCAACAUGCUGGCCACCUUACUGGGCGGGUUAGAGUUGGCCGACUGCGCGUUAAGCCUGCUGAAACCGAAUCACCCCCAACUGGGGGCAGCGCAACGAGCUUGGCUACUGGCCGCGGAAAACGAGGUCACCAGAGACGCCAUUUGCGAAGCAGAUAUGACGGAGGCAAUGUGGGCGAAAGGCUACGGCCCACAACUGGGCUGCCUUUGGCGCCUGCUGGAACGGGUGGACGAUACGGUCAGACUUCUGCGAUCAACUCUCGCCAACGCAAAAUUCCAAAGCGGUUGGCAAGAGAGCCAAGCUGGGGGCUCACGCACCCAGGACAACCCCCGGGGUGGGGCGAUGAGCGGAGGCCAGGCGGCAGGUAUGAGAAGCAGCGUCGGCAACGGGCCAGCAGGGGAAGAGGGCCGGCAGGGCGGGGGCCGCCGAAACGACGCCCUAGCGGGACGCGGCAGGCAAGGGCCCGCGCCGUGGCAGGCGGCCUUCGACGCAGUGAGAGACGAGCUCGGGAGGCGCAACCUCCCGGCAGAGCUGUGCCCAGAUAGCGACACUUUAUUCCGGACGGCCAAGUCCCUUCGCCCGGCGAUUUGCUGCAACGUGGCACUCCUGGGAAAGCAAUGCCCUAUAGGCGGCCCCCCAGGCUGCAAAUUCGUGCACGACGACCUCCAGCGGACUGUAGGGCGCUUGGUGACUGAGUUGGCGACGAAGAGACAGGCAGGGCCCAACUCGAGCGGGAAUAAGCGGAACUUGGUGAAUUAGUUCGGGAAGCUAAGGCAGACUUAGCGUUAGCACACCUUGUGCUGUGGUUCGAAUGCGCGAUUUGUGGGCGUUAGAGCUUGAGAGUCAGGCCGCGGUACCUCGUGGCUACCGUUAAGACCUAGUAAGGCGCGGACGUUUAUGUGGUGUUAUCCUUGACCUGACUGCAGACGGCGAUUGGGAGUAGCGACUGCCCGGAGCGAGCGCGAAAAGGAACGCUAGGCAUUGACCCCAGUCGGAUCGGAUCGGACGAGGGAUCGCGCGGAACAGAAGGUGAACCCGAGACAAAAACCCUAACUCUCGAGCUAGACGGCGAGGACGCUGGCACUUGGUGCGACCCGGAAGAAGACGCGCUGCUGUUGUUCUUUAAGAAAGUGCCGGUCGCC